CUUCUUUUCUGUAUUUUUUUUUUUUGGCAAUGAAUCCUUUUGGAAGUGAAUUGUUUGUAAGCUUAUUAGCCAUUGGACUUAAUUAUGCUGCCACCUUCAAAUUACCAGCAACAUCAUUAUUAAAGGUUCCUGUAACAACACUUUGGACAACAGUCCCUAUUUUAUUUGCUGGUCAUUUACUACUUGUCAUAUUGUCAAAUCUAUUGCGUGGAACAUCCGAUAAAGCUUUGAAAUCCGCUUUUUAUAGUGUAUUGGCUACUAUUAUCACAACUGGAGUACUUCAUAUAUUAACUGUGUUGUUUGGUGCACCACUAAUAGAGAAAAUACCCAAUACAUUUUUAUUUGCAGCUUAUCUGUCUAUAUUAACUGUGAUGCCUUGUUUCCAAUCAUUGACUGACUCUGUUUGGAUUAAAGUAUUCUUACAGCAUAGUCCUACAACAAGCUCAGAAAUAUAUGCUUAUGCUCAAGCAAUCUGUACGCUUUCGGGUGCAUGGAUUGGAGCGAUUGUUUUGCCUUUAGAUUGGGAAAGGGAAUGGCAAGUAUGGCCUAUUUCGUGCGUCAUAUCGACCUAUGUUGGGCAUUCUGUUGGUGUAUUGACUGCCUUUGUUUGGUCUUCUUUGAAAAUAAUAUUUGGUAAAAAGAAAAAUGAAUAAAUCAAGGAAAAAAGAAAAAAGAGAAAGAAGAGAGAAGGGGAGGGUGUUUAAUAUACAAAUAUACACAUCAUAAUAAUGUUAACUAUUAUUAUUACUAUUAUUAUU